AUGCAGACAUCGGUCGCCGGAUCCAGUCUAUGGUUAGCCGAGUGGUCGGACGCCACCGAACGCGGGGACACGAGAACCGCUUAUUAUCUGGGAAUCUAUGGAGUGUUGGGUCUAAUCCAAGCGGUGUUUGUAACGUACGGCUGGUAUGCUAUGACUCGGGGCAACAUAAAAGCGGCCAAAUCCUUGCACCAGAAGAUGUUGGAGCAGAUACUCCACUCUCCCAUGUCUUUCUUCGAUACCACACCACUCGGAAGAAUACUCAAUAGAUUUAGUAAAGAUGUGGACACUUGUGAUGCCACACUUCAACAGACUAUAAGGGUUGUGCUCACCUGUGGGUUUACCACUAUAUCCACAUUAGUUAUCAUUUCCGUGGACGGUGUGAACGAGCAAUUCAUCAAAGAGUCUGAUGACAGACUGGAUCUGAAUAACGCCUGUUUCUACCCCAAUGUGGCGGCCAAUCGAUGGCUGUCCAUACGGCUGGAAAUG